AAUUAUGCCAAUAAUUGCACACUAGGAAUAACAAGUGACUUUUCAGAGUCAUCAGCAAUUGUACUCUUAAAAUAGUUUACCUGGAAGAAACUACUAAAUAACAUUUAGGACUACUCUGCUUCUACGGUUUAUUUUUUCACCUGCAAAAAGAGUGACGGAAAGAUGAAGAUUUCAGAAAGGCCUAGUGACACGGUCCGUCUCUCUGUAUUGGAACAUCUCCGUGUGGUUCACGGGAUAAAGCUGAAGAGCUGUGGGAGGAAGAAAGAGAGAAGGUUUACAGUUGGUACCAAAGUGUUCGGCGUUCCACUGGAGAGUUUGCCGUUGUGUUACAUGCCUCCGUGUGGGCUGCUACCCUGCUUCCUAGUGGAUGCCUGUGAGCAUCUACUGGAACAUGCUGGGACUGAUGGCCUUUUCAGAAAAUCUGGCUCUGUUGUUCGUCUGAGGACCCUUAGGGCCAAACUAGACCACGGGGAGGCCUGUCUAUCCACAGCCCUCCCCUGUGACGUGGCCAGCCUUUUGAAGCUGUUCUGUCGUGAGCUUCCAGACCCCCUGUUCCCCUCAGACCUCCACUCAGCCCUGCUGAAGGCCCAGCUGUUACCCACUUCAGAGGAGAGGGCCUUGGCCACCCAGCUGCUGUCCUGCCUACUGCCUGACAGGAACUUUGCCUUCCUCAGUUACUUCUUCCACUUCCUCUCAAAGGUCUCCCACAGGUGUGCAGAGAACCGGAUGACCAAUAAUAACCUGGCUGUGAUCUUUGCCCCGAGCCUGCUUCCCCCCAGCCACGGAACAGAGGGGAUGGACACACAUAUGAAACUCAAGGCUGUGGUCUAUACCUUCAUAGAGAAUGUCCAUUCAUUUGGUGUGGUUCCUCAGGUGAUCAUGGAGGGCAUCCCAGGUCAUGCUGAGAUGUCUCCCUGCAGGAAGAAACGGCCACUCAGAAAGAGCCUGGGUAUGGAGGCCUUCCCAGACAUUCAGCUUUUCAGGAGCAAAACAUUUUGCUCAGAGAAACCAGGUCCUUCAGCUCGGUUGGCUAGAUCUCCCUCCACCCCAGUGAGGACAGAGAGCUGUAGAGGACAGAGCAAAACACUCAAAAGAAUAGAUUCGGGAAACGUUGGGUGUUUUUCAGCCAAAAGGCUGAAGGGAGGUGACUGUAUCCGCAGGGAUCCUGGUCGGUCUGGUCUGGGAAAGCUGAACCUAAGCCCCUGGAAAAGCAGGAGACGCACCACACUGUAUGGCCCGACACCAGAGAUGGCUUCGGCAGUCAGGUUGAGUAGAUCAGUGCUGCUGAUUGUUCUGGUGUGUAUAGCGGGGCUGGCAUCGGCCCGGAGCCCCCGCACGGCGGACCAGGUAUCUGAGGCCGACAUUCAGCGUCUCCUACACGGAGUCAUGGAGCAGCUGGGCAUCGCUCGGCCCAGGGUCGAGUACCCUGCUCACCAGGCCACCAACAUCGUGGGGCCACAGAGCAUCCAAGGUGGAGCUCAUGAGGGACUGCAGCACCUGGGUCCCUAUGGAAACAUCCCCAACAUCGUAGCUGAGCUGACAGGGGACAACAUCCCUAAAGACUUCAGUGAGGACCAUGGAUACCCCGACCCUCCUAACCCCUGUCCAAUAGGAAAGACAGCUGCAGAUGGGUGUCUGGAAAACGCCCCGGACACAGCAGAGUUCAGCAGAAAGUUCCAGAACCAUCAGCACCUGUUCGACCCCGAGCAUGACUACCCUGCUCUGGCUAAGUGGAACAAGGAGCUGUUGUACCAGAAACUGAAGGGAGGAGCCAAAAGAAGAAAAAGGAGUGUCAAUAACCCCUACCUGAUGGGUCAGAGGCUGAACAAUGUGGUGGCCAAGAAGUCUGUUCCCCACUACCCAGAAGAGGACGAAGACUAUCGCACCACCACUGCAACAAAAACCACCACCUAAACACACUGUAGUUCUAACAUUACUGGCCACCAUGUUCACUUCACAUUAUCUCAAGUAGAUUUAAGCAAUAAGGCCCGAGGGGGUGUGAU